AUGUAAACACGACGUAAAUGCCGUAAAAUAGAAUUCUUGGGAGCUUAAGUCUUAUGUUUGUUAACGAAUUAAAGUGUUAGUUGGCAGAAAUAUAUUAUAUUUUCUACAAGAAAUAUUCAAGCUACAUUUAGCUUUGAUCAAUUAAUUGCUGAAGAUUUGUACAAUCAAUUAGUGUUAACUGAUUAUUUUUGAUAUGGCUGUCCCACCACACAGUGCACCACAUCCGUUAGAGCUAGUGGCCAUUAAAGAUAUUUAUCCAGGUCUCAAGAAUAUCAACGUUAUCUUUAUAGUUCUUGAUGUUGGACCAGUUACACUGACAAAGGAAAACCGGGAAGUGAGAACUUUCAAAGUGGCGGAUCAAAGCGCUGCUAUCAACGUUUCGAUAUGGGAUGAACCAGGAAAAUUGUUAACUCCCGGUGAUAUUGUGCGGUUGACAAAAGGGUAUGCUGCAGUUUGGCGACAAUGCCUCACUUUAUACUCCGGUAAGAAUGGAGAAAUCCAUAGGCUGGGUGACUUCUGCUUUACUUUCAAUGAAAUGAUCAAUAUGAGUGAUCCCAAUCCAAAUCUGGCGAUUAACAAUCAACCAAUUCAUGGUAAUGGCGCCGCUGUUUCGAACGUCGCAGGUGGUAAACAGGGGCGUCAAGUUGGACCGAGUGAAGGGGGCUCAUCUAAUCCCCCCGGGGCUUCUACCGGUCAAACAAAGGGCGCACAACAACCAAACAAUCGUUUCCCAUCUGCGGGUGGAGAUCAAAGUAAAGCAUCACCUAAAAAUGCCCAACGAGGAGGAAGAGCAGCCCAGACAAAGACCGGAGGGUCGAAAAACGAACGGAGGUAAUACAAUUCGUUUACUCAUACGGAGUUUUUAAUACUUUGAAAAUAAAGUUAAUAUUAAGCUAAA